GAAUCUGAAGGCAGCUGGGGUCACCUCGCCUGAAUUUCCAAGGAGAGGUUUGAAAGAGCCCGUCCCUGUGAGACAGCCGACAGGGUUUAUCAAAUUAGCAUGGCAUUUAAGGGCUCAUUUGAAUGGUUUUAGGUGUUUUUCUUGACUCUGAGGUGGAACUGUGGAGUAAGGUGCUACUUUGUCAUGAUAACCAGGAUUGGGGCAAAAUGUAGAACCUAGAAACUGCGAAUGACUAUGUUUCUGUGAAUAAUGAAGAAGGAAGAAAUUGAGUUUCUGCCAAAGUUUCUGGAAGAAUAUAGACCCCAAGGAUUUUUAUUAGGCUGCCUGGAAUCACAAAGCUGGGGAACAAAGAUCUUUAAAAUUACAUUAGCUGUUUUGAUACCUAGUUUAUAGAUUUUGUUUGAAAAACUUUAUGAGAGUUUGGAGGGCCAAGGUUUGUUUGAGUGAGGGUGGAACAGUUAAAUAUCAGUUAAAGACACAGCUGUACAGGCUCUCAAUCCAAAGUCAGGAAACCUGGAUUUGAGUCUCAGUGUUAACCACUGGCUGUGUGACGUUGAGAACACCGGACCUUUGGGUGUUGGCCACCUUCAAGGUAGAAAAAUGGAGUAGGAUUAAAUUAAUUUUGUUUCCCACUCGGAUCUGUACUUUGUUGUUUGCGUUUUUUUAAUGUAGUUGUAAAUUCAGUUGAUUUAAACAUCAUUUCAACUUUAUGCAUAUGCAUUUUCAAUUAAAGUAUAAUUGCGUGGAAUUCGAUUAAAUUAACCAAAACCAAGAGAAGCUCAGCUGUUUGGACUAAAAUGCUAUACAUGAUGAAUUAGCAUUUGGAUCUUAGUUAAUUGCAUAAAUACUGGUCUUGAUAAUGGAAAAUGGAAAAAAUGAAAGCCAAUUCUUCCUGCAUGUGUACUUUUGAACUGUUAUCUACUGAUGUUGCUGCCAACAAAUAGACUGUAAUUUUAUGGGGUUCUGCCUUAUUUCUAGAUUACUCUUUGAUCUUUUUCUGAUGGUCUUUUAGGGUCAGCCAUACAUUACCUCUCUUGACAAAAAUAUGAACAGGUACUUAUAUCCUCCUUAACCUUUGCUUCAGUAAAUAGCACUAAUUGAAUAUAACUUGGUCACUAUUACCUCCAGGCCAGGAAAGUAAUAAAAAAAAAAGGAAAUUUUAGGGAGAUGUAAGUAAAUAAUGGAGUUAUGAUAAUUUCUAAUGUUCUUUUGAAACUUCCUUAUGCUUGCAUCCCAAAUACUUGGCUCUCUUAGCUCACUUUACAAAGUGUCUGGAAGAUAAAGAUCUCUCCUCCCAAAAACAUUAAUUAAAUGAAGGCAUAAGUUGGUGAGGAAGCUGAAGGUCUAACUGUGUUUCCUCAUUUCACGUUCUUGAAGGCUCAGUUUCUUUACCUGUAAAGUAAGGGAAAUGUUGUUUUGAGGAUUAGGUGAGAUAAUGCAUUGAAUCGGCUUAGUUGCCAGACAGACAUAAUGAAUUAAAAGAGGAAAAAAAAAAAACCUACAAAGGAGAAGAGCAGACAAUUUACAAAGGAACAACCAAUCAUAAAGGCACCCAAAUUAAAACAACGAUGAAAAGUCAACAUUGUGUGUCUGUUAACAAAGAUUUACAGAAUGAUACUACCUCACUGGCUAGUUUGGAACAAAACUGGUUUUAUCAUUACUGAAAUUGUCCAUAUGUAUUCAUAAUAAAAGCAUUAGAAAACCUAGCUUGCUCUCUCCACCUCAUUUUGGCAUCACGUUUUAGGAAGGACAUUGACAAAGAGAAGACCCAGGACAGUGUAGGAAACUUUGUAGUAGAAGGAAGGAGAGGAAACUCUCCUAUAGAAGAGAUGGGGAAGUUGGGAGGGCUAUUAUAAACAAAAAGUCCACUGAGGAAAUCUGACAGUUUGAAGUAUAGUGGUUUUUCAUUGGCUGAGCUGUUGCCAGGUAAAGAGGAAAAAAAAAAAUCUUUCUUCCUCUUUACAGUGAUAGUAAAGCAGUGUCACUUCCUGCCAGAGAUGCAAAGUAUGUCUCUUUCUGUUGGGAUCUGAGAGGGGGCUUUCCAGGUGUCUUUUCCAAUGGAUGAAAUCUCCAGGUUGCAAGAAAUCAGCUCUCAGGAGGAAGUGUGCGGUCUGUAAGAUUGUCGUCCAUACCGCCUGCAUUGAACAGCUAGAAAAGAUUAAUUUCAGAUGUAAACCAACAUUUCGAGAAGGAGGUUCAAGAUCACCAAGAGAAAACUUUGUGCGUCACCACUGGGUGCACAGGCGUCGGCAGGAGGGAAAGUGUAAACAGUGUGGUAAGGGCUUCCAGCAAAAAUUCUCCUUCCACAGUAAAGAGAUUGUGGCUAUCAGCUGUUCCUGGUGCAAGCAGGCGUUUCACAAUAAGGUGACCUGCUUCAUGCUGCAUCAGAUUGAGGAACCCUGCUCCCUGGGGGCUCACGCUGCUGUUAUUGUUCCGCCCACCUGGAUCAUUAAGGUGAAGAAACCUCAGAACUCCCUGAAGGCGUCCAAUCGGAAGAAGAAGAGAACAAGCUUUAAAAGAAAAGCCAGCAAAAGAGGAACCGAACAGGAAAACAAAGGUCGUCCUUUUGUGAUAAAACCUAUCUCUUCUCCUCUCAUGAAACCUUUGCUUGUGUUCGUGAACCCCAAGAGUGGAGGCAACCAGGGAACCAAAGUCCUACAGAUGUUCAUGUGGUACCUGAAUCCACGGCAAGUCUUUGACCUUUCUCAGGAAGGACCGAAAGAUGCGCUUGAGUUGUAUAGGAAGGUACCAAACCUGCGGAUUCUGGCCUGUGGCGGGGAUGGAACGGUGGGCUGGAUCCUCUCCAUUCUGGAUGAACUGCAGCUGAGCCCUCAGCCUCCCGUCGGGGUCCUUCCUCUGGGGACUGGGAAUGACCUGGCUCGGACUCUCAACUGGGGAGGGGGCUACACUGAUGAGCCUGUUUCUAAGAUCCUUUGCCAAGUAGAAGAUGGGACGAUUGUACAGCUGGAUCGCUGGAAUCUCCACGUGGAAAGAAACCCAGACUUGCCUCCUGAAGAGCUGGAAGAUGGCGUGUGUAAGCUUCCUCUGAAUGUUUUCAAUAACUACUUCAGCCUCGGAUUCGAUGCGCACGUCACAUUGGAGUUCCACGAAUCCAGAGAAGCAAAUCCAGAGAAAUUCAACAGUCGUUUUCGAAAUAAAAUGUUCUAUGCAGGGGCAGCUUUUUCUGAUUUCCUACAGAGAAGCUCUAGAGAUUUAUCCAAACAUGUUAAAGUUGUCUGUGAUGGGACUGAUCUUACCCCAAAGAUCCAGGAACUGAAGUUCCAGUGUAUAGUAUUUUUAAAUAUACCCAGAUAUUGUGCUGGCACAAUGCCCUGGGGGAACCCAGGAGAUCACCAUGACUUUGAACCUCAGCGUCAUGAUGAUGGUUAUAUUGAAGUCAUUGGAUUCACCAUGGCAUCUUUGGCUGCCCUGCAAGUCGGAGGCCAUGGAGAAAGGCUGCACCAGUGUCGGGAGGUCAUGCUGCUAACUUACAAAUCCAUCCCCAUGCAAGUGGAUGGGGAGCCCUGCAGGUUGGCCCCGGCUAUGAUUCGGAUCUCACUGAGGAACCAGGCCAACAUGGUGCAGAAGAGCAAGAGGAGAACAUCCAUGCCUUUGCUCAAUGAUAUCCAUCAGGUGCAAGCUGCGGACCUGCGGAGAGUGUCUGCCCCCCCAGGCUCCUUCACCAUUCCCCAGUCUGUUCCAGACCGUCUGAGGAUCCGGGUGAACAAAAUCAGUUUACAAGACUAUGAAGGAUUCCACUAUGACAAAGAGAAACUCCGGGAAGCCUCCAUCCCACUGGGCAUUCUAGUUGUACGUGGAGACUGUGAUUUGGAGACUUGCCGUAUGUAUAUAGAUCGCCUGCAGGAGGACCUGCAGUCAGUUUCUUCUGGCUCCCAGAGAGUUCAUUACCAGGACCACGAAACCUCCUUCCCUAGGGCGCUCUCAGCUCAGAGACUCUCCCCACGGUGGUGCUUUCUAGAUGCUACUUCUGCUGAUCGCUUUUAUCGAAUAGACAGAUCUCAGGAACAUUUGCACUUUGUAAUGGAGAUUUCUCAAGAUGAGAUUUUUAUUCUGGACCCAGAUAUGGUGUUGUCACAGCAGGCGGGGACACCCCCGGGAAUGCCUGACCUGGUGGUGGAGCAAGCCUCGGGAAUGACGGACUGGUGGAAUCCUGCUCUCCGGAAACGCAUGCUGAGCGACAGUGGGCUGGGGAUGAUAAGCCCGCAUUAUGAAGACUCGGAUCUGAAAGAUUUCAGCCACUCCCGAGUGCUACAGUCACCAGUCUCUUCAGAAGAUCACGCAAUUUUGCAGGCAGUAAUAGCUGGUGAUCUUAUGAAGCUAAUAGAAAGCUAUAAAAACGGAGGCAGCCUGCUAAUUCAGGGACCAGACCACUGUUCACUCCUUCAUUACGCAGCUAAAACCGGCAACGGGGAGAUUGUGAAAUAUAUCCUUGACCACGGACCGUCCGAGUUAUUGGAUAUGGCAGACAGUGAAACGGGUGAGACCGCACUGCACAAGGCAGCCUGCCAGCGGAACCGGGCCGUGUGCCAGCUUCUGGUGGACGCAGGCGCAUCUCUGAGAAAGACGGACUCCAAGGGUAAGACACCUCAAGACAGAGCCCAACAGGCCGGGGACCCAGACUUGGCUGCCUACCUGGAAAGCCGCCAGAAUUAUAAGAUCAUUGGCCAUGAGGACCUGGAAACUGCUGUUUGACCCUGGUAGACAGGCUGAGAGAACCUCAACAAGCAUCUCACCUGUGCCCUCCUGGUGAUCGGGCGGCUCCUCUGGAAGAAGCUGAUGGAAUCCAUAAAUCUGUCUCUCCUGCAAGAAUCUAUCUGAGACCAUGCCACCAGUUUUAAGGGCUACCAAGAUGUACCACAGAACAUGAUAGCCCGCUGAGGACGAGGCAGGACACCUGGAGAUUUGUGGACUGCGAGUUCCACAAAAUUCGAUCCUUAUUGCUUCCAGCAAGUAGCAUGAACUUCUGUGUUCACCUGUAUAAUUUAUUUUAAAGAUCCAAGGAUGUUCGUAUAAAUGGCACUGCUCCCUCGCCCCCCAUGCAUUCACUUUUCUCCUGUACCGCACAAUUCUACUGUAACAACCCAUCGAUUUAAAAAAAAUAUAUAUGAUCUGUUCUCUUUACAUUCAGUCUUUGAAGACCACGAGACUCUGAAGGUCUUUUCAAACCCUCUGGAUGUCCUGCAGAAAUAUAACUGUAAAACCGCUUCCACUUCCAAGACUAAAUAUACCGAGACUACUUAGUGA